AUGGGUCGAGGUCGAAGACCGAAUAUGGCUUUAGAGCCGACUCGAGCAUUACAAACCCAACGAGCGUUUCGACAACGAAAAGCAGAGCAUCUGGCAAGUUUGGAGGAAUCGGUUGCAAAGCUCACAGAUGAAAAUGCUAAACUGCGAAAGCUUCUCAACCUCCCACCCACCCCGAAAGAAGAUGUUGGCGAUAGAAGUCGCAGUUCUUCACCAACACGGGCAGGUGUACCAACACCAACAUCGACCGAAUCAGCACAAUCGUUAUCAGGAGGAUGCGAUAACUGCGAAAGAAUGCGAGAAGCGAAUCGACAGCUAGCCUUAGCUGCAGCACAGGUGGAAGAACAAAUGUCGCAUCUACAGCAAUCGAUCAAGGCGUUGAGGUCGGUUUUGCAGCAUCAUAACAUUCCGAUACCUUCACCGCUUGUGGGGUCUACGGGGUCUCCUGUGACGGCGGCGAUGGGAGAGAAGGUGUACAGGCAUACUAAAAAGACGAGGUAUAGUGCUGAUCCGUUGCUGCAACCGCAAUUGCCACUGUUGUCGGAUGCAUCACCUUCGACGACGGCGGUCAGUGGGAUUCAGAUGACGUCGAACUAUCUUGGUGCUGCUUUACCUUCUUCUGCUGUUGCUAGUCAUGAGCAGUACCACCAGCAGCAACAGCAGUAUGCAUCCUCCAGUCGAAGACCGAAUCCCAUCACCACAUCAGGGACGCAAGCAUGGCAUACUCCAAGUCCAUCCGCAAUCUUGUCAGCACCAACACCGCCCUCCGCCUCGUUCAGCCCGCGUCACGCAUAUAUCAGCCAUAACAACAGCGCACAUCCAUCACAGGCUGAGGAGAGCUACUACAAGAGUAGACAUCCUCCAGCGAGGCAGAACUCGGGAAAUAGCACGAGUGGCAGUGGCAGUAGCAGUGGCAGUGGAAGCAACAGCAGGCAACUACCACCACCAAAUGCAGGGGUGGAGAUGAGUCCAGCGCGUCAAGCUGCUCAUCUUCCGCCUUGGUCAGGACACGGGCACAAUGGCGCGAUAGGUGUCAGCUCGCCAGCGAGUAUGGGAAGAUAUCAUCUGGCUCUGCCAGCGUUGAGUCCGCAUUCGAAUGGUAAUUGGUAUCAUUCUCCUUCCAGCUGGUCCUAUCCGAGCACAAGCACGGAAGCUGGGCCAAGUGAAGGCUACGCAAGAUCUAGCACGAGCAAUGGCAGGAGAGGAGAGCGUGAAGAUUACGCCUACGAGCCACAGCAGCAGCAAUACACCUACGGAGGCAGAUACGCACGCAUUGCACCGUUGUCGUCAGCAGCUUCACCGUCGUAUGCUGCCGCGCAAUCGCCGUACGAUCCUCAUCAGCAGGCGGUUGCUUCACCUCGAUAUCCACCGCGCGACAGGGAUGAUUCGGAAGCUGGAGGGGCAGGCAGGUACGUUGCUUCCAACUACGGUUCUGUGUCGUCUCAUCGCAGUUCGGGCCCUGGAGAAAGGGAUCAGAAGUCAAAACGUGGUCCGCCCAACGCGAGCAACGGGGACACGCAAGUAAAGAAAAUUUGCUGUCCUCCGAAAGCAUCUUUGUCGUCUAGUACAGGCGCGCAAGCAUUAUCUCGCGGUUGCGGUCCGAAAGCGGAGCAAGCGAAGCCAGAUGAGAAGAACCAGGCGAAUUGGACUGCACCCCCACCGCUUGGCGUCACUUUUGACAUGCGCAUCGACGCAAAGAAACAGUUGGAUAAUCCGGAUGCCCAGCCACCAGCGACCCUCGAGGACGGCAAGGCGCAAGACGAUGACGAGUGCUGCUUCGGCCUGGUUAAUUGCGAUGAUGACGGUCGGAUUGUCAUCUGA